CAACGCGUUUUUGCUUAAUGUGCCGGACUAUCAUGGGGGCGCUUCUUUUUUUGUGGACAAAAAGUUAACAGUUAGUGAAAACCACGAAGACACGGCUACAGUAGUCCGCAUAUCAAAAUAGUGCUGACGCGCGAGGCUUCCUGGUUUCUGGAAAGUUUUACAGGUGAUUUCUCAACCGUCAGGCAGGUAUGCCGGAAACUCCGAAAGCCCCUGGUCACAGCUAUGCAAUAUCAGGUCAUGAACUCUCCGCCACCAAAAUUAGGACGUGAGCAGCGCUGCAGAAUAAAUAGGACAUCGUCUAGAACAGCGAUUCAUACCCCACACCCGCCUUUCCUCUGUUUGUGGGAGGAAUAAUGACACGUUAAGCGGAAAGGAAGAUUUCAGUUCUUCUCUGUUGACUAGCUAGACAAACGCGAGGAAAUAUGGAUAGGACAUGUAUACACAUAAAGGGAGAGUUCCUGUGCACCUUUUUGGUCGGGAUCGUCUUGGCGUCUAGCUCGAAGAGCAACGGCCAGCAGGGGGCUGUGGACAGGUAUUACGCAGCUUCUGGGCAGUUCUUCCAGCUGAAGCAUGGUGUUGCCCCUGGAAAGCUGGGUGGAAAUGUAACUUUUACCUGGGGCAGAGGUGCUCAUGGAAAUCUGGAUAGGACAUCAUCACGAGUCAGAAUCAUCAAUGGCUCCCUGUUCUUCUUACCUGUUCAUCUCUCAGACGAAGGAUACUACACAUGGAAAACAAGCAGUGAUGUCACAGGGGCAUGGACUGUGGAGAAGACAGUGUUCCUCUCUGUGGUGGGAGGGGCUUGUCCAGAACACAGUGACAUUAUCCCAGUCCAGAAGGGCACCACUGACAGCCUACACUGUGGGCUGCAGGAGAUCUUCACUUUAGAUAAGAGCACAGAAAUCAGCUGGCUGAAGGAUUGCAACCCUAUGAAUUUCCAUGAAAAGAAUAUCAGAAUCACCCACGUGAGUGACAAGGAUGAAGGAAAUUAUACCUGUUUAAUAAAUUUCACCUUUGAGGGGAAGAAGUUCAGUACUUCUUGGACGAUACAGCUGAGGCUUAAGGAUGACCCACCUUUGCUGGAACCCAAGGUGAUUCGCCCCCAGAAUGAAACCAUCAGAGUUAAACCAGGUGUGAAAGCAGAGCUGGACUGCAAAGUGUUUGUGGGCAUGAACAAGGAAAUAUUUGAUGAGACCAAUGUCUACUGGUUGGUCAACCACACCCUCAUUGAAAUUUACAGUCACCCCAUGAAGAAAGUAGAUGAAGAUUCUGAGGGAAUAUACAAGCUCUCCAGGCUGGUUAUUGAAGAGGUGCGGCCAGAGCUCUUCCAUGUGCCUUUCCAAUGCAUCGUCUGCAACAGCCUGGGCCAGGACAUGGGCGUGGCUCACCUGGCUCCAGUGGAUGACAGAAACCUCCACAUAUUUGUCUGUGCAGCUGUUCCUGUGAUUGUCAUCAUGGUAAUAAUUUACCAUCACUUCAAGGUUGACAUCACGCUGACAUAUUGGAGGCUCCGCCCCUUCAAGACGAUUGAGGAUGGGAAGCUGUAUGAUGCAUAUGUCAGCUGUGUCCACAAUGAAGCGCUGUGCUCCUUCCAGCUGGAGAACUUCUGCCUGCAGGUUCUGCCAGAGGUACUGGAGCAUCGCCACGGCUAUAACCUGUUCAUCCGUGGCCGAGAUGACCUGCCUGGGGAAGCUGCUCCAGAUGUAAUUUCUGAAGCCAUUGGGAUGAGUCGGAGGCUGAUCAUUGUGGUUUCAGCCCACAGUCAUGGAGACCUGGAUGUUGAGGGUUCUGUGUUGUUGGGUCUAAAGUUGGGCCCAGGGAGGGAUAGGCAUGGAGACCAGCCUGAUUUGGAGCAGCAGAUCGGCCUCUACGAUGCCCUGGUGGAAGACAGGCUGCGGGUGAUCCUGGUAGAGAUUGGGAAGUGUGUGGAUUAUUCCCACUACCCAGAGUCCAUCCGCUACCUGAAGCAGAAACAAGGAGCCCUGAGGUAUAUACCCGGCAAUGGAGACCCCACAGCACCCCCUAACUGCCGAUUCUGGAAGUACUUCAGAUAUCACAUGCCACACAGGCCUGAAGGAAGCACCAGCACUAAAUCACUGCCCAGGCCCAACAGGCAGUUCUGCUUGUGAGAACCUCCAUGCUACCAUGUACACGAUUUUUCCCCCAGAUCUAGGGCAUCACUGCUGCUACAAAGCAGCAUGCAAAUCAACUGUGAUAAUGGGUUCCCAAGCACCUGCCCCCUUUGCCCCGUGUCCAAUGUGCCCCAUUCAUAAAAUAUUCAUAUUUGUA